AUGGCUCGCGUCUUCAUCACCGGCUCCUCUGACGGCAUCGGGCAGGCGGCGGCCAAGCGCUUGGUCGAGCAGGGUCACAAGGUCACUCUCCAUGCUCGCAACGAAAGCCGUGCAGCUCAGGCCCAAGACGCCGUACCAGGCGCCGAAGGUGUGCUCAUCGGCGACCUCUCCACCAUCGCUGGCGCCAAAAGCCUAGCUGAAAAGGCCAACAAAGCCGGACCAUGGGACUCAGUGGUGCACAAUGCAGGAAUAGGAAUGUCCGGACCCAGUACCAAAAACGAAGACGGCUUCGCACCGACCUUCGCCGUCAACACUCUGGCACCGUACAUCAUGACCUGCGUCAUGGAUAAGCCGAAGCGGCUCCUCUAUCUCUCCUCUGGCCUGCAUACGGGUGGCGACAUCAGCUUGAAGGAUGUUACGUGGCAACAGCGUUCCUUUAGCCCCUUCCAAGCAUACAGCGAUACCAAGCUUCAGGAUGUCCUCCUCGCAUUUGCCGUUGCACGGAGAUGGCCGGAUGUGCAGUCCUGCUCGCUAGAUCCGGGAUGGGUACAAACGAAGAUGGGCGGGAUGGGUGCGCCAGGCACCGUCGCAGCACCCGCGAAGGCCAUUGCGGACUUCGCGAGCGGUGAGAGGAAGAUUGCGGGCGAGAAGUCUGGGGUGCAUCUUGGAGUAAGUGGACCAAAGGCGCCUCACAAGGGUACUCUGGACGUCGCGAAACAGGAUGAGUUGAUGGGAUUGCUUGAAAAGCUGAGUGGAAACAGCUUCCCGUCUAAGUGA